AUGAAAGCUGCUUUGGUUCAACACCGUGUAGAUGUGGAUGCCAUGUGCUCUCUUUGCAACCUCCAUGAGGAAUCGCUGAAACACCUACUGUGUGAAUGUCAGUAUGUCACCCCGUUGUGGGCUGAGCACACUGAUAUCCUUAUGCCAGACGUAAGUGUUAAUUUUGUGUCAUGGAUGUCGAAUUGCAUAGCUAAUGGCUCUAUGACGAUGAAACUAAAGUGUAUUGCUCUUUGUUGGUCGAGAUGGCGUGGGAGAAAUGAUGUAGUGUGGAAUCAAGUUCCUUGGCAAGAGGCAAGAAUUCGAACGGAUGCUGGACGUUAUUUUCAAACUUGGCAAGAGCAGUUGCAGGGGUCUCCGUAUGCUAACAGACAUGCUAAUCCUGCCAUUGCUAAUAGGCAACCAGAUCCUUCUAGUGGUGAUGCCACUAUACCUACAGAUGUUAUGCAACUCUAUGUGGAUGCUGCUGUUUUUAAGGACACAAACCAGGCAAGUUUUGGGGUGGUUAUGCUUAAUAAUAUAGAUGUGUAUGUAGCUACUUUGAGUGGACCGGUUCGUUGUAUGAAUGAUGUUCAUUUAGCGGAAGCCUUUGCUAUAAAGGAAGCACUAUCAUGGGCAAAAGCGAGAGAUCUUCGUAAGGUGAUGGUGAAAACGGAUUGUCAAGCAGUUUGCAAUUUACUGAAUGGUUCUUUGUUAGAUCUUUCUUUUGCAGGAUGUGUUAUCAACGAUUGUAGAGAACUCAAGCGACACUUUGAUAUGGUGUCUUUCUGUUAUGUUUCUAGAUCAGUGAAUAGGCUUGCCCAUACGCUAGCAAGGGCGGCUCGUUCAGAUACUGAUCCUCAUUGUUGGAUAUCUACUUUUCCUUCUUGUAUUGCUUCGCUUCUUCAAUAA